GCCAGCGCCGCGUUACACGCUCGCUACACUCCUUCCCAGACUUUACCAGGACCAUUACUUGAGCUUACUUGGCGUUCAUUCCAGGGCCCAUCGCGUAUAUCUCUCAAAACAUUGGUAUAAAGCGCAAAGAGAAGAUCUUGUCACUGCCACGUUCCCCAGGUCCCCAAAACGGAAUAGAUGGCUCUCCGACUCAAAUCUUCCCUCUUACGACCAUCUAGUCGCCUCCCAACGAAUCUCUCAUCACGACUCCCCGGCAGCAUGAAGCCUCUUACACUCGACGCACUGAAUGCGCAGCUCCAGACCGUGCAGUAUGCCGUGCGCGGUGAACUUGCCAUCAAGGCGGAGGAGUACCGCGACAAGCUGCGCCAGGGGGACAGCAGCCUGCCCUUCGAUAAGGUGAUCUCGUCCAACAUCGGCAACCCGCAACAGAAGGGGCUUGACCAGCCUCCCAUCACGUUCACCCGCCAGGUUGCUGCAUUGACGGAGUGGCCGGCGUUGGCGGAGCUGGCGCCCGGUGUGUUCCCUUCGGAUGUCGUCGCGCGUGCGAAGGAGCUGGCUGAGGAGAUCGGAUCCAUCGGGGCCUACUCGCACAGUCAAGGUGUGCCCUUCAUCCGCAAGGGCGUCGCGGAAUUCAUCGCUGCUCGUGAUGGAUACCCUGCUGUUGCGAACGACAUCUUCCUCACUGCAGGUGCCUCCGUCGGCGUCUCGCUGCUCAUUAACAUGCUCAUCACAUCCCCCGAAUCUGGUAUCCUCAUCCCUAUCCCCCAGUAUCCGUUAUAUACUGCUGCCCUGGCCCAGCACCAUGGUCGACCGAUCCCUUACCUUCUUGACGAGUCAUCAGACUGGUCUACUUCUGUGGAAUCGAUCGAGACCGCAUUAGCCGAGGCUCGAAGCCAAGGGACGACUCCCAAGGCCCUCGUGAUCAUCAACCCGGGGAACCCCACCGGGGCUUUGCUGACUGCCGACACGAUGAAGGCAUUGGUGAAGCUUUGCGAAGAACACUCGCUCGUGCUGCUUGCGGAUGAGGUGUACCAGAACAACCUGCACCGCGCGGCCGAGUACCCGUUCACAUCCUUCAAAAAGAUCGUGCGGGAGCUGCAGUCUCCCGUCCCCCUUGUUUCGUUCCACUCCAUCUCCAAGGGCGUGUCCGGCGAGUGCGGUCGCCGCGGCGGGUACUUCGAGCUCACGAACAUCGCUCCCGAGGUCCAUGCGCUGGUCUACAAACUCGUGUCCGUCGGCCUCUGCCCGCCGCUGUCUGGGCAGAUCGGCGUCGACAGCAUGGUGCGCCCGCCAAAGGAGGGCGAGCCCAGUUACGCCCUGUGGAAGAAGGAGACGGACACCAUCCAUGCGGCGUUGGCUGAGCGCACGCGGAUCAUGGCUCAGCGACUCAAUGCGCUCCCCGGCGCGUCCUGCGUGGAGAGUCCCGGAGCGCUUUAUCUCUUCCCCAAAAUUGACAUCCCGCCCAAGGCCGUCGAAGCGGCCAAGGCGGCUGGCAAGGAGCCUGAUGCUUUCUAUGCAUUGGCCUUGCUGGAUGCGACGGGCAUCUGUGUCGUUCCAGGGAGCGGCUUCGGCCAAAAAGAGGGCGAGUGGCAUUACCGCCUGACGUGCCUGUGUCCUGGUGUGGAGGAGUACGUGGGCAAAUUGGAGCAAUUCCACCUUGCAUUCCUGAAGAAGUACGAAUAGAAGAUCUACGUUGGUGCUGUAUCUAGUUUCGAAGUACUUGAAUGGAGUUAUCACCUGGAAGGGAAAUCAGUGUCAAAGGCGUUCAGGCAUACACUCGACGAGACGAUGUCCGACAAAGUCCGAUUUCUAG